UUUAGCUUAUAAUGCAUCUUUUGGACGUUUAUCAUUAGGGAUAUACAAUCACUGAUAAAAAGCGUUUUGAAGACAUCACAGAUGACAAUUUUCCAUUGCUAACCAACAACACAAACAAGAUGCGUGAUGUAGUACGCAAUGACGGCUCAGUCAUUGGUCUUUAUCACAGAGUAGACCAUGAGGGAUAUAAAGGCUCAGUGAAGUUUAUUGGCAGUUUACCUGAUACAACUGGUUCAUGGUAUGGUGUAGAGUGGGACGAUCCAUCUCGCGGAAAACAUGACGGUAGUUACAAAGGGAAACAAUAUUUUCACACCAGUAGUAGUACUGGUGGUUCUUUCAUCAGACCUAAGAAAGUUGACGGAGGUUACAGUUGUUUCUUAGCCAUUAAUGAUAGAUACGGCAAGACCAAUGAAGCACAUGCUGGGGUCAUUAUAGAGGACUUGUUUGUUGUUGAUGGACAUAAGAAGCAAACAAAAGUGGAAAUGGUUGGAGCUGAAAAAGUCAACAAAAAGCAAAGUCAGCUUGAUCAGCUCCAGGAAGUUGUAUUACGUGGUAUGUCUGUAUAUGGGGUAGGACCACAUGGCAGCGAGCUACUACAGCAUACUCCUAAUAUAGAGGAGUUAGAUAUAUCAGCAACACUAGUAUCAUCUUGGUUAUGUGUGUCACAGAUAACUGAAUGUCUUCCUAAGCUGAAAUCACUUAAUGUUAGUGACAAUGUACUACCAAUUAUACCUGGAGCAGAUGAGGAUAUGCCAUGCUUUAGUACAGUAGAAAUCCUAUAUAUCAACAGAAUGCACUAUACUUGGAAACAGAUUUUACAGACUUGUAAGAUGUUUCCAGCACUGAAGCAGUUACACUGUUGCUUCAAUUCUGUGGAAAAGUUAUGUCUUCCAAGUUCUCUGGAACAACUUACACUGCUCAAUCUAGAGUCGAAUAAAGUGCCAUCCUGGGACAAUGUACUACAACUAGCUGGCUUAUCUAGGUUGGAGACAUUGAUACUUAAUGACAACAAAAUAGAAAAUAUUUAUUUCCCUGAUGUACCUCCAGGAGAUACUACCAGUUGUUUCCCUAGUUUGAAGUCUCUCUCAGUUAAUUACAACAAAAUAUCAGAGUGGAAAAGCAUAAAUGAACUGAAUAAAUUACAACAGCUAGAAGAAAUAAGAAUUGUACACAAUCCUAUAAUGGACCUAGCUACACCAGAAACAGUUAGACAGAUGCUAGUGGCAAAGAUAUCUACCCUGAAAAUGUGCAAUAGAACUGAGGUAUUUGAAGAUGAGAGAAAAGGUGCUGAAAUAGACUACCUGAAAAGAUUUGGUCCACACUGGUUAAAGGCAGGUGGUCACCAGGACCAAGAUAAAGACCAAACAAGUGCAGAAUUCCUUCAAGAACAUCCACGCUUCAAGUAUUUCCUGAAAAAGUAUGGUGCUCCAGAAACUUCAGAAAUGGAACAGAAAUCAAAAACCCUGAAAGACAACCUCAUUUCUGUCAAAAUAAGAAAUCCUGACCAACCUGACCAAAGAAUAAUAACCAAAAAGUUACCAGUUACCAUGGUGAUACAGAAGGUAAAAACCUUAAUACAGAGGUUGUACAAAGUUGGUGCUGAUGAAGUUACAUUGUCAUAUAUUAGCAAAAAGAUGCCUGACCAAGAAAUUCCUUUCGACAAUGAUCUGAGACAAAUAUCUUUUUAUUCGGUGGAAAAUGAUGAUGAAAUCCUAGUCAGAUGGUGAAUCCACAAUCCUACAACAAUUUAUUAGCCCCUCAUAUAUUUUCAUACAUUUGACUUGUGCUAUUGAAAAUAGUCUUCAAAUUAUGAACAUUUUCAUUCAUAGCUAGAAAUUGCUAAAAUAGAAUUUCAAAAUGAAUUAUAUUAAUUUGUAUGAUUGCAUAACUGAAUAAUCUGUAAGUUAAUUAUUUAGAUAUGGGGAUAAUGUACUGAGGAUAAUAACACACCAUGUAUGAAACACUUGUCACACAAGACAAGUGCUGUUAUUGCUGUUUUCAUUUUAAUAAUAAAAAGAAGUCUCAAGGCAUCCAACACAUGCAGAAAACAGCAAGUGCGAGAUGUUCCUUAGUGUUGAUAUAUCAGGUGAAACUACAUUUUCAAAAUAUAUUUCUGUUCCUAUUUUUUACGUAAACCGAAUAACUUUUGAAUGAUGAAUUAAAAUACACCGUACUACUUUGUCAAAUGAAAAAAAAGUUGCCAAUGCUUGUUUGUAUUUUUUAUUUGAAAACCAUCAAUUAUACGUAAAAUAUAUAGAAAAAACUUAUCUGUUAUCAAGUUUAAAUGUAAACCGAUGAUGAAGAUUGUCAAAUAAUUAUAUCUAUGUAAUUGAAGAAUGCAUAAUGCAUUUAUAAUGGAUGAUUCAUUGAAUUUUAACAUUUUAUUUGUCUUCCAUUUUACAAAAAAAGCACCUUAUAAUUGUUUUUAUAGUUUUUCCCUAAAAGUCCUUGAUCAUUCAAAAACUGAAAAUUAUGCAUUUGAUCAGUAUGCACAAUGAUUCUGAUUUUCUAUGAUAAAUCUCAAUUUACUUUGAAUCGUGCAACUGUUGCAAUCAUACUAAUAUUAUUACUGUGUGCUUGAUUGAAAAUCUGGUAAUGGGAUGUUUCUAAUUUACAACUAUUUUAAAACUAAACCAAUGUAAUUAUUCAAAAAUAUAAAGAGAGUGCAAGAAAUUCCUGUUUUUUUAAUUCACACUUUUAUUUUAUACGUUUGAUGUUGUAGUCAACUAUUGCAGGGUUUUAUGAAUGGCUUCUGGAUUAAAUAAGUAUGAAUUCCAUCAAAUUCUAGGUAUUUAAGUUCAUUCAUUCAUUAUUUUAAUGCUAGAAAUAAAGAAAUAAGAAUGGUGUUUUACAUAGAAAUGUUGUUAGCACCAUGGAAAUAUUUAUCACAAUUGAACUUAAUGUUAUUUUAUUGUUAAGUUAUUUGUACUGCUAUAAAGCAUAAAGAAUUUUACCUUCUUAA